GAUAAGUGCAUAAAGUGAAUGAUUUGUAAGAGGGAGCGCGCGCGAGAGAGAGGGAGGCUUUAUAUGGAGCCAGCGGAAUGUGUUAUCUCUCAAAUCAUCAGAGGCACGAGGACAAGCACGCGUGGUUUUGAGGAUGGCUGGAGCAAUAUUAUCCUAAUCCACGGAAACAUAAAGGACAGCCCGAGACGACACUUUCUGAUCUGGUCGAUCUUAUCUGUGGACGCGUGUCCAUUGUUAUCCACACACACGGGUCAGAGGGCAGCACAUCCCCGAGCGUGCGUUACCGGUGCUGUUAUUUACAUCCGUUCGGUACCAAUGCUUGCUGAAAUUUCAUCAUCACAACAUCGCGAAUCUACGUUACCGGCUGCGUUGUGAGUGGAAUUAGUGGCGAGGAAAAUAUUACCGAGAAAUGCUGUUGCCGAUGCCGAAAUAGAAAUUCAGAAAGCACAAUGGACAGAAGAACAUGAAUCACUGAAAUCAGAAUUGAUAAACGGGAUUUUGGAGAUUAAAUUGAUUCUCGUCGUCAACAGGGGGCAAGAUAACAACCAGUGCACUUUGGAAACCUCGAUCAAACGGACCUGAAAAUGAUGCUGAGCCCCGAUCAGACGGAUCCUGACCUCACCUGGACACAAUCGGACACGGAUUGUCUGAACGUCAUGAAGGUGGAGUGUGUGGCACACGAGCCCUUAGAGGCCGACGAUGGCAAGACUCGCGCACUCGUGCCCGCUGCGCUCACCCGAGAGGAGAAGAGACGGAGGAGGCGCGCGACUGCGAAGUACCGCUCUGCGCAUGCCACGCGCGAGCGCAUCAGAGUAGAAGCGUUCAACGUGGCGUUCGCGGAGCUCAGGAAGCUGCUGCCAACACUUCCACCCGACAAGAAGCUAUCCAAGAUAGAAAUACUUCGCCUUGCUAUCUGUUACAUUUCUUACCUUAACCACGUUUUGGACGUUUAGACGAACUUUAGGCACAUUUAACAGAACCACAAAACAACAGGUGUUUAAAGAAUUAUUUUAUAGACAUUGAGAAGUAGCAUAUUCCAGCAGUAUACACAAAUAUUAAGGAUGGAAAAAUGGUAACAUUUUAUAUUUACUUUCAGUUACAUGUAUGCUUUUAUUCUCCCUAUAAUGCCUAUUAUGGGUUGGGAGGAUCUUGUAAGUAUGUUUUAAAAAACAGUGUUUUCACAAAUUUAACCACAGAUUAUAAUUUAUUCUGUAAUUACAAAAAAACAAGCAGUUUACGAUCAAAACAAAAACGCACAGUUCAUCGAAAAACAUAAGGCAUUAUGAAAGUUAUUAUAAAGUGUUACCUGAAAAUAUUUUACCUGUUGCAAUAACUGAAACUUGUAUUCGACACUGUAGCAAGAGUUUUUUUGUUCUGUUUGAAAGAUGGCUGUUCAGAAAUUAGAUAACCUGUUCAACAUCCAACGUCAUAAGCACAUUUGUGGCAAUAAUUUGCUUUGAAAAUAUUUGAUUUGGUUUGGACCUUCAUAAUUCACAUCAUCGAAACAAAUAACAUGUAUGUAUGUUUCGCAAACUGAUUUGCUGAGCUCAGUUGAGCUCAAAAUGUAUAGGCUACUUCUAUGUGCUGGAACAAAUCGUAACCUUGUUAGUUGUUAAUUUAUAUUUUUCUUGUUUGUUUUAUUUAUUAAGUAAAUUAAGUUAUGUGAGUGUCUUUAAAAUAGAUAAUCUAAAGUGUUUACGUAUCCAUGUAAAUAUUUAAUGUUUUAUUAUUAUUAUUAUU